UCCGCGCCAUCACCAUGGUGCGCAUGAAUGUCCUGGCAGAUGCUCUCAAGAGCAUCAACAAUGCCAAGAAGAGAGGCAAACGCCAGGUGCUCAUCAGGCCGUGCUCCAAAGUCAUCGUCCGCUUCCUGACUGUGAUGAUGAGGCAUGGCUACAUCGGUGACUUUGAGAUCAUUGAUGACCACAGAGCUGGGAAAAUUGCUGUGAACCUCACAGGCAGGCUGAACAAGUGUGGCGUGAUCAGCCCUAGAUUUGAUGUGCAAUUUAAGGAUCUAGAAAAAUGGCAGAACAAUCUGCUCCCGUCCCGUUAGUUUGACUUCAUUGUACUGACAACCUCAGCCAGCAUCAUGGACUAUGAAGAAGCAAGACGAAAACACACAGGAGGGAAAAUCCUGGGAUUCUUUUUCUAGAGAUGUAACACAUAAAUAAAACGCCUCCGUGGACUGUGCUGGGCUGAGUCCUUUUGAACCCUUCCAUCCAGCACAGUGGCUGGUUGUGCUGACUG